AAGACUAUCCGACUCGUUGACAUUUCCCUUUAGCUGCUUCUGGAUACGAAUUGUUUCUCCACUAUCUCAAUUUCUCCAUCUGCUAAGAAAUUAAAAGAUUUUGUAAUUCUAGGGUUUGAUCCUCCCUAAUUUACUGGGAGUUUCGAUUGUUAUAAUGGCGAAGCUAAGGCCUAGACAGUUGGAACUGAGCAAGACUGUUCCUUCCAAGUUAGGUUUUGAUGGAGAAGAAGACGCUUGGGUCUUUGUUAAAAAGCAGAGAAUCAUCAUUGUUUUGCCUUCUCUUCCACUACCUGAACAACAUCUCACUAUGGAGAAACCUGCAAUAACUUCUCAAUUAGAAGCUGAGUUAAGAGAAAGCAUGGAGGAUACGCAAGAAAGUACUUUUCUUCACACUGUGGUACCUGCUCUUCCUCUGCCUGAACAUUUCAUUAUGCACAAGCCUGAAAAUUCUGAGUCUCAAGCUGAGUUAAGAGACGUUCUUGCGGAUACGCACAAAACUACUACUCCUGUUCCCACUGUGGUGGUACCUACUCCUCUUCAAACUGGGAUGUCUCCUCUUCUAUUACCUGAACACUUCGUUUUGCAGAAGCCUGCAACUUCUCAAUCACAAGCGGAUACGCACGAAACUACUCUUCUUCAGACAGUGAUACCUUCUCCCCCUGUACCUGACCAUUACAGUCUGCAGAAGCCUGCAGCUUCUAGAUCACAAUCUGAGUUAAGAAUGAAGAUAAGCAAAGCUACUCUUGUUCACACAGCAAUGCCUUCUCUUCCUGUACCUGAACAUUGCACUUUGCAGGAGCCUACAACUUCUAAAUCACAAGCUGAGUUAAGAACGGAAACACACAAAGCUAUUCUUGUUCACACAGUGAUGCCUUCUCUUCCUGUACCUGAACAUUACAGUCUGCGGAAGCCUGCAACUUCUCAAUCACAAGCUGAGUUAAGAUUGGAUACGCGCAAAGCUACUCUUGUUCACACAGCGAUGCCUUCUCUUCCUGUACCUGAACAUUAUAGUAUACAGAAGCCUUCAACUUCUCAAUCACAAGCUGAGUUAAGAGCGGAUACGCGCAAAGCUACUCUUGUUCACACAGUGGUGCCUUCCCUUCCUGUAACUGAACAUUGCACUUUGCAGAAGCCUGCAACUUCUCAAUCACAAGCUGAGCUGAGAGACCUGGUUGUGGAUACCCACGAAGCUAGUCGUGUUCACACUGUGGAACCUGAGGCUUAUCCUGAUUUCACCUCAGUAGACAAACCGGAGAUAGUUAUGAGUCGCAGUCUCACAACCAGGAAAGCUCCAGCACCAAAGAGAUCACUUCAAGAUUGUAGAAUGAAUCAGGAUAGAAGAGUGGAGGUUCACAGGAGACGUGCGGGUCACAAGCCCAUAAGGUUUCCUAGAGUGAUGUGCAGCUCUGUAGUUAUUGAUAAUGAGAAGCUGAGAGUGUUGAAUCUAGAGAAGAAGGUUGAGAAAGCGGGUGGGUUGCACGAAUGGGUUGGAUCUAUAGGAUUAGGGAGAGAGUUUGAGAGGAUGUUGAGAGGACAGAAGAUGAGUAAGUUUCAGAUGGCGAAUUUGACCAUGGAGAAGCUUAAGCAGAUGGGUGCUUUAGCCGUUGGGCCAAGAAGAAAGCUUAUACAUGCAAUUGGUUGUGUCUAUCACCCACAUUGUCUACGUGCUUCCUUUAACUGACAACUAUCUAUGAAAGUUUAGUUAUUUAAUUGGGUUCAAUAAAACUUAGCUAUGAUUGAUUGAUGUUCAAGUUCAAACUAAUUUUUUUGGUAAUUGAUAGUCUCUUUGGACCAUAGACCAGAGCAAGGUCAAGGUAGUCACCAUAGACCCUGGUCCUGAUCAUUCUAACACCAA